AUCAUCCUGGUGAGCUCCUCGCUCAGUGACCGCGACCAGAGCCUGUUCCUCAGCACAGACGAGGGCGCCACCUUCCAGAAGCAGCUCAUCCCCUUCUUCGUGGAAACGCUGAUUUUCCACCCCAAGGAGGAGGACAAGGUCCUGGCCUACACCAAGGAGAGCAAGCUCUACAUGUCCUCUGACUUGGGGAAGAAAUGGACGCUUCUGCAGGAGCGAGUGACCAAAGACCACGUGUUCUGGGCUGUGUCUGGGGUGGACGCCGACCCUGACCUGGUCCACGUGGAAGCCCAGGACCUCAGCGGAGGUAAGGUGCGGGGGAAGCGGCACGUGCCCGGAGAGGCCUUCCCUGCCCCAUCCCCCACGUGCCAGGGUCGGGCGGCCGGCCUCUCUCCAGGACCCCAGCUGGCCCUGGCUGGCAAGACGGGGCUCAGCACUUUCAACCUUGGGGCCCCUCCUGACCACCUCAGCGUGUGCUUCGUGAGGAUCUGGGUGGACGGGAAAUCAAGCCCCUUAAAAAUCUCUCCCGGCCGUCAGGCAACAUCAACCAACCGGACCAAAUACUACGUCUCUUAUCGCCGCAGCGAAUUCGUCCUGAUGAAGCUGCCCAAGUAUGCGCUGCCCAAGGACCUGCAGAUCAUCAGCACGGAUGAGAACCAGGUGUUCGUGGCAGUGCAGGAGUGGUACCAGGCGGACACGUACAACCUGUACCAGUCGGAUCCGCGGGGCGAGCGCUACUCGCUGGUGCUGCAGGACGUGCGCAGCUCGCGGCAGGCGGAGGAGAGCGUGGUGGUCGACAUCCUCGAGGUCAGAGGGGUGAAAGGAGUCUUUCUGGCAAACCAAAAAGUUGACGGGAAGGUGAUGACGCUUAUCACCUACAACAAGGGCCGCGACUGGGACCACCUGAGGCCGCCCAGCACAGACAUGAACGGAAAACCCACCAACUGCAAGCCUCCAGACUGCCACCUGCACCUACACCUGCGCUGGGCAGACAACCCCUAUGUAUCAGGCACCGUGCACACCAAGGACACUGCCCCAGGCCUCAUCAUGGGUGCAGGUAACCUGGGCUCGCAGCUGGUGGAGUACAAGGAAGAGAUGUACAUCACAUCAGACUGCGGACACACCUGGAGGCAGGUGUUCGAGGAGGAGCACCACAUCCUCUACCUGGACCACGGCGGCGUGAUUGUGGCCAUCAAGGACACCUCCAUCCCCUUGAAGAUCCUCAAAUUCAGCGUGGACGAGGGCCUCACCUGGAGCACGCACAACUUCACCAGCACCUCGGUGUUCGUCGAUGGGCUGCUGAGUGAGCCGGGGGACGAGACGCUGGUCAUGACGGUCUUCGGCCACAUCAGCUUCCGCUCCGACUGGGAGCUGGUCAAGGUGGACUUCCGGCCGUCCUUCUCCCGGCAGUGCAGCGAGGAGGACUAUGGCUCCUGGGACCUCACCGACCUCCAGGUGGGCGGGAGAUGGGACAGGGGGCACACGCGGCCCUCCUCUGCCGGCCAGAGGCCCCGCU